AUGGCACAACCCGUGCCUCAUCAUGCGACGGACAAGAAACGCGUCAAGGUCUACGAGCUGCGCAACAAUGACUGGUUCGAUCGCGGCACCGGCUUCUGUACCGCUGCUUUCAUGCAGACGGAAGAUGGCCAGCCUCGAGACCCCAGAGUCAUAGUUGAAUCCGAAGACCACCCUGACAGGCUUCUACUUGAGACCAAGAUCUGCAAAGAGGAUGGCUUCCAGAAGCAGCAAGGCAAGUUGCAAGGCGCCUCCGUCAAUGGCAUCGACAUGGCCCUCUCGUUCCAGGAGGCUGAUGGCUGUGCACUGAUUUGGAAAUUUGUCAACAGCGUGCAGCAGACUUUCCAGGGCGGCAUGGCCGCUGCCGACGACAGUCUUUCCGACGAUCUGGCCAUGGAAAUGCCCAGCACCAUUAGCCUUCCCCCUGCCGAAAUAGGGAACCUACAGGAAAUUGAGACCAGUAUGCGCAUCAUGAGUCAGACAGUCAAUGGACGAGACGCACUGGCAAAGUGCAUUAUGGGCGAGGACUACAUCGGCAAGCUGAUUCCUCUGGUUGAGAUGGCCGAAGAUCUCGAGAGCCUCUCAGACUUGCACCGACUGUGCAACAUCAUGAAGACUGUCAUCCUACUCAACGACACCACCAUAAUAGAACAUGCCGUAUCCGACGAGUGUGUUCUUGGCGUCGUAGGCGCUCUCGAAUACGACCCCGAUUUCCCAAGCCACAAAGCCAAUCAUCGCCACUGGCUAGAUAACCAAGGACGAUACAAGGAGGUUGUACCGAUCCAGGACGAUCAGAUCAGGCGGAAAAUCCAUCAGACUUACCGACUUCAGUAUUUGAAGGACGUUGUACUAGCGCGCAUAUUGGAUGAUCCGACUUUCUCCGUUCUCAACUCUCUGAUUUUCUUCAACCAAGUGGAUAUUGUCCAGCAUCUACAAGGGAAUGGAAAGUUUCUCGAUGAUCUUUUCGGCAUCUUCAAAGCAACGCAAACAGAUCAGAGACGCAAGAAGGAGGCUGUUCUUUUCAUUCAGCAGUGCUGCGCCAUUGCCAAGAAUUUGCAGCCGCCGGCUCGUCAAACUCUUUACAACAACUUCAUCGGUCACGGCCUGCUUCAGGUCAUCAACUUCGGCCUGCGUCAUCCCGACGUGAGUGUACGGGUCGGUGCGACCGAUGUCCUCGUGUCCCUGAUAGACCACGAUCCGCACAUGAUUCGGGGCACCAUUUAUCGACAACUCCAUGAAAACCAACCGCCCUUGACAGAUUCGCUCAUUGAUUUAUUGCUGGUAGAAGUCGAUCUUGGCGUCAAGGCACAAAUUUCGGAUGCCUUGAAGGUCCUUCUUGACCAGGGCCCUCCGCUUCAGUCGCAGGAGGCUUUCGCAAAAGCGAAUGGGGAGUUCACAGGCCGACGGCCUCCGGCAGUACUAGAAUCUCAGCACGAGCUGUUUCUCAACAACUUUUACUCAGGUUCAUCAGCACAACGGCUCUUUAGGCCUCUCACCGAUCUUCAAGGUCGCACCGAUAUGGCUUUCCCAUUGCAACAAGCGUCAAUGUUCACGUACCUCAUUGAAAUACUCGGCUUCUUCAUCAGGCAACACAAACAAAGCAGAUCAUUCGUCCAUAAACAUGAUCUGCUUCGGCGAAUUGCUCAGCUAUUUGCCUCUCCGGAGAAAUAUCUCCGACUAGUUGCCAUUCGCUUCUUCCGUAACCUAGCAGGGAUGCAAGAUGUCGACUACGACAGGCAAAUCAUGGAGCACGGCAUCUUGGAGCCACUGCUCAAUAUGGUUUUCCAAUCUAUGCACCGGGACAAUCUCCUCAGCUCAGCCUGUGUCGAGUUUUUCGUGUUCGUCACUGGACAAGAGCACAGAAAGGAGAUGAACAAAUUUCUCGUCCACCACUAUCGUGAGCGGCUAGUCGAUCUGAGUUACAUGGAAACUUUCCGCAACGUUCUAGUGCUCUACGACCAAACUCAAGGCCACACCGCCGAAUUCUACACGGAAUCAGAAGAGGAUCUUGCGAGGCGGACGGCCAACCCUAAUCAGAGGAUGAUGGAACAUAUCUCCAUUGACCAAGCCGAAGAGGAUUACUUCAACACCUCGGACGACGAAGAUGGACCUGAGAGCAGGGCUUUCGACAAGUUGCAGCCAACAAAUGGCUCAGCAGUAUUUACACCAGCAUCAAAACCGCUGGUUGAUUAUCCUUCAGAUGAAGAGGUGGAUGAGAACGCCGACCCCGAGGUCUUGCCAACGUCUGGCGAGAAGCAGGACGGAGCGGAUGGCGCUUCUGACACGAGCAGUGAAUCAUCCUCCGUGGCACCACCAGAACGACUUUCUGAAAAGAGACGUCGCGAGGAGGAUGACGACGACGAGCUUGGUAAGCUGAUGCAGAACAAACGCAGAAACAGCAGUUCUGCAGGGUCAAAUGCGUCAAUGACAUCAAGUAUGGUCAGAAGGAAGAAGAAUUUUGCGGAUCGGUCAAACACAGCAACGCCGAAAAAAAUUGCUAUCAGCAUAUCACCUUCAGUGAAAAGUGGCGGGACGGCAAGGUCGGACGAUGAAUCCUGA